AUAACGUGAACAUUGAAGAUACAGAGAUCUCGAUAAGUUCCAAAGAGGUUUGGGGUGCACUACGUGCUCUUGAAACUGUACUUCAGAUGGUGUACAAAGAUGAAUUUGAAGGAAAUAUGAUAUUUAAGGGUUCUGUGGAAGAUGAACCAUUAUUCUCAUAUCGUGGAAUGCUCUUAGAUACCGGAAGGAAUUUCUUGCCAGUUGAAACCCUUCGGGAAACAAUAGAUAUCAUGGCUAUGGUUAAAAUGAAUGUCCUUCAUUGGCACAUCACAGAUGACGAAUCGUUUCCCUUUGUCUCAACCACCUAUCCAGAACUGUCACACAAGGGUGCAUAUCAUCCACAAAAGUGUACAUAUGAUGAAAUAGAAGUGUCUGAUUUAUUGGAAUACGCUCGUCUCCAUGGAGUCCGGAUCAUUCCAGAAUUCGAUACUCCAGCGCAUACAUUUUCCUGGGGAAAAGCAUAUCCAGACUUACUAACAAAAUGUUAUUACGACUCUAAGCCAACUGGACAUUUGGGUCCAAUGAAUCCAGCCAAUGAUUCUACAUUUAAGUUUUUGAAGAAUCUGUUUACAGAAGUCACAAGCCGAUUUCAUGAUAAUUAUAUUCAUCUUGGAGGCGAUAACAUAAAUUAUUUCUGUUGGAUUUCGAAUCCAGAAAUAGUUGGAUUCAUGCAAAAAAUGGGAUUCUCUGGCAAUUCUUCCCAGUUAGUAAAUUAUUACCUGUCAAAAGUUAUCGACACUGUCAAAAGUGUUGCUGACCGAAAUCCUCCGAUUACACCUAUUUUAUAUCAAGAUGUUUUAGAAUACGGAUAUCAGGGUGACGAAAACACAGUCAUUCAUGUUUGGGAAACCUCAGACUGGGAAGAAUAUAUCAAAAAGGCUACUGGGAAAAAAUUCAACGUCAUAGUUUCUGGUGAUUGGGUUUUAAGUGAUUUACACAACGAAUAUGAUUGGAUUAAAUACUACGAACAAGAUAUCAGAAAAUUUGGAGG